AUCAACGCCUGUGCGGCGAGCCGAAAGUGGGAAAAACCCACCUUCCGGCACUUUGCCAACUCCCGCCUCCAUCCUCUUGACUCCAACGCUGUUGGGCCCUAUGGCAAUGGCUACCAGCACAGCGACUCCAAUCGCGAGGUCAAGUCCCUUGGCCCCGGUCAAUCCCACUACAACAGAGCAUGACUUCCGCUUCCCGAGACGGCCUCUCCACGGCGUCCCACCGCCAACCUCCAACCCCCAGACCAACCCCGGAAACCUGCGCGCGAAUUUGCAGGAACUCGGACUUGGUCUCCCGACGACAUACGCCAGCGGUGGCCGAGAUGAAUUACUGCAAUCCGCCGUGUUUCCCCCUUUCCAGGACCGCAUAAUGGGGUCCAACCAGAGCCCUGAGGAGCUGCAGCAGCAAGAUCCGUUGGCGACCCAGGUAUGGCGCUUCUUUAACAGGAUGAAACAUCAGAUGCCAAAUCAGGAACGUCUGGAGAACUUGACAUGGCGUAUGAUGCACGUGAACUUGCGCAAGACCAAGCGGGAAGAGGAGGCUCGACACCUCCAACAUCCAUUUGGCGCCGCUAUCAACGCACCCAGCGGCAUUUCGCAAUUGCGAAAAGCAUCUGAGCAGAACCCGCCGCAAUCGGAACCAAUGAGCCUGGACGACUUCGUUUAUUCUGAUAACGUUGCUCCGCCCGCAGCUUUCGCCCUCCAUGCCUCGCAAGUAACAACAUCCCAGCGGGCGGACGACCGGUCGGAUCACUCGGCCAUCCCUGCCAUCCCCAUCAAGUCAAGGAGGGAAUCCUCGCAGCACUUUGUUCCUCAAUCCGUCCCUGUCCCACGCCACCAGCAACGCGUGCAGGACGAAUUUGGCUAUGUCGCCCGACAUCAUCGAAAGACGAGCAUAGACGAGAGACGUACUCGGAAACGUCCCGCUGACUUCUCCCCCCAUGUUCCUGCCAUCAACAGCAAUCCUGUCGCGAACGAGCUUGGCCCUGACUCCGAUCUCCAUGAAUAUUCUCUCGAUCAGUCUAGCCAGAUGAACCUCACUCAGUCGCUCAAUCAGCCCGGGAUUUCUUUCGCGCUGGACGCCUUCACGCUUGAGAACGACCCUAUAAUGACGUCUUCCGGUCCCUUCCAACAGAACUUCUCGUUCUCGCCGUCUUCGUCGUCUCCAUUGGUCACUCACGGGCAGUUUCCGGGCUUGUACGGGAACUCGUUGCCCGCAACAGACUACUAUUCCCCUCCCGGGUCUGCCUAUCAAUCUACGGCUUCGACUCCGCAUCCCCUAAAUGAAGGCGAAAACUUCUACUUUGCGUCAAUUGACCCGCGCAACCAGAGGUCGCACGCCUUCAGAACCGGGCCAAAUUCAAUGAACAAUGCCAUGGCUCAGUUCGUGUACAACGGCAACGGGAACUCGAUGUUUCCCACUGCCGCUACCAGUACUGACCCCGUCUCAUCGUUUGCCGGGACCAACUCCUUUGCGCACAUUGACCCCGCCCAUGUUUUCCAAUCUGACCACACAGUUCGGUCACCCGCUGUUCCGAUGAUGCAGGAUAACAUGUUUAAGUUUGGUGCCGACUCGGACGGAGAAGACGACGAGGGAGGUGUCUUCGCCGAUCGCAACAUGGCAAUGCCUCGAGACUUUUCUCCGGUGGUAAUGGAGGAUGCUGGCUUUGAUAUGGGCACCUCUUCUUUGCAGUGGGAUCCAUCACUACCUGGCCAGUUCAAUACACAGGCUGCGAGAUACCCUGGCGGUCCACCUCGCAAGCAGGUCACGAUCGGGUCCACGACAACCGAGUUCGUAGAUGUGAGCGGCGAUUGGGAAGGGGGAAGCCUUGAGAGGUCGCAGUCCCAGUCCUUCGGACAAGCUGCAGAUCGACACCAGGGCAAGAUACCGAGGACUGCGUCCACUCCAGGCCUUGCCGGCCGAGGAAUCCAUGCCGAUCAUCCUUCUCGGUCAACGCCGAACUCGCCACCUCCUGAGCCAUCUGGCCAAAUGUCCGGCGUCUCCUCAGUUGCCCCGAGCCGACCAUCCUCGCCGUCCGGUUCCAGGCAGGGAUCAACGACCAACCUGCAAGGAGUCGCCGGCAACCAAGGUGAUGGUAAUGCUCCGACCACGUGCACAAACUGCUUCACACAAACCACUCCGCUGUGGCGCCGAAAUCCCGAAGGCCAGCCCCUCUGCAACGCUUGUGGGUUGUUCUUGAAACUCCACGGCGUCGUCCGACCGCUCAGUCUGAAAACAGACGUCAUCAAGAAACGCAACCGUGGUUCCGGUGCAAAUCUGCCUGUGGGGGGAACGAGCACUCGAGCUAAGAAGAACGCCGGCGUGGGUGCUUCCGCCAAUACCUCGGGAACCAACACCAGAAAGAACUCGAUGCUCGCCCUCUCGUCCAGUGCCACCACUUCGACCACUCAACCCACGUCGGCACCGGUCCAGAACCGAGCCGUGAGCGUCCACGAUAGCGGGGGCUCGAUUGGUGGUUCAGCUUCAGGAGGGAGCACAGCGGGCAGUACCCCCACGAGCUAUCACGGCAGCAGCGGGUCCACAAGCGGAGUUGUCGGCGGAAAAGGCGUCGUGCCCAUUGCAGCGGCUCCACCAAAGAGCACACCCGGCCCGGGUGCCGCCAUCUCUUUGCCGCGAUCGGCAGCCACGGGUUCGAAACGACAACGCCGUCAUAGCAAGGGUGCCGGGGAAGACCAAGCCACCGCCAGCAUGGAUAUCGAUAGCCCUGAGAACUCGACUGGAUCCAACGAGGGUGCUCCGUCAGUUGGCUCUAGCAACAGCUUCAUCAGUGCGUCGACGAAGCCAAGCAAUCUGGGACUCGCCAGCAGCUUCGGCAUGACCCAGCGAUCAAUUGGGUCAAGCAUGACGAGCAUAGCGAGUAGUCAAUCCGGUGCCACCAUAACUCCAGGUGGUGCCGGUGCUGGCCCACAGGAAUGGGAGUGGCUGACGAUGAGUCUGUGAAAAGCUUUUCGCCAGCUUUUUGAACCUCGUGUGUUCCUCCACAUACCUGGGAUUGAUGCCUAUAGCGUAUCGUUUCCGCGAUGGGUUAACUAUUCAGAGCUACCUGCUAUGGCAAGCCCGAUACCAGGAAGGCCUUAAAUGGUGGUGCAUUUCCUCCCG